UACUAGUCGCUUGGUUUUUGAGUUUCCAAUUACUAAAGAAAUCCACGACAGAAGAUAUGGCCUCUCACCACUACUUGACUCUUGCUUUUGGCCUCUUAGGCAACAUUGUAUCCUUCAUGGUGUUCCUUGCUCCAAUACCAACAUUUCACAAAAUCUACAAGAAGAAAUCUGCCGAAGGGUUUCAGUCACUUCCCUACGUAAUUGCACUCCUCAGUUCAAUGCUGUGGAUAUACUACGCCUUGCUUAAGAAAGAUGCCCUUCUUCUCAUCACCAUUAACUCAGUCGGUUGCGUUAUAGAGACCGUUUACAUUGCCUUGUUCCUCUUUUACGCUCCCAAGAAGACUAGGAUCGAGACGGUGAAGCUUCUCCUCAUGUUAAAUGUUGUCGGCUAUGGUUUGAUGCUUGUCUUGACCAUCUUCCUAGCAGAGGGUGAAAAACGCUUGCAGGCCGUUGGAUGGAUCUGCCUCGCAUUUAAUCUUAGUGUUUUUGCUGCACCACUUUGCAUCAUGAGACAAGUGAUCAGAACCAAGAGCGUGGAGUUCAUGCCAUUUCCUUUGUCAUUCUUCCUCACAUUAGGUGCAGUCAUGUGGUUCUUCUAUGGUCUUCUUCUCAAGGACUACAAUAUAGCUUUUCCGAACGUACUCGGGUUCUUUUUUGGCAUCGCUCAGAUGGCGCUUUACAUUGUGUACAAGAACGCAAAGAAAACUAUUCUUCUAGAGCCAAAGCUUCAAGAACUAUCUGAACAUGUCAUUGAUGUUGUGAAGAUUAGUGCACUUGUGUGCCCAACUGAACUUAACCCAGUUUUCAUUCAGACAAACGACACCGGAAGUACCGGAAACGACAAGAUUACUGAUCAUGAGAAUGAAAACCAUCAAGUGAAGGCAAAGAUAGAGGAAACCAAGGAAGCAAAUAAAAAUAAGGAUGGCUCAGCUGAUCGAGUCUGA